GCUUUGAAGUUGAAGACUCCAUCUUCGUCGUUCUCCUGCUUCCGGCGUUUUUGCAUCUACCAGAUUAUCAGCUUCCUUAAGUAAUUACAGUUUAAAAUUAAUAUAGAAUUAAAAAGAAAGGAGAUGAGAUUGCUGUUCUGCUUCUUGAUGGUUAUGUACGUUCUCUACCACCACCACCACCACCAACAUGUAUUAGCCGAUCAGAUCUUCCCAGCUCAUGUAGGUGGCACAUUUGGCCGAAGUUCUCGUGAACCAAAAUACAAGAUUGAGUUUCAUCCAGAAGACUCACCUUUCCAUCCUGAUGAUGAACAAGAAUCUCUUGUUCUGCCUGAUAAAAAUGGAAAAAAUUUUUUAUGUUUCUUACCUAAGUUGGAAAAAUCCAAGAGUGGGAAGCCAGUUAUUCAGCAAAAUACUAGUAGCAUGAUUGUGGAAACUGAGAAGCAAGUUAAACUGAAGACACCAGAUGAACUACUUGAAGUGCUUAAAGAAAAAUGCUUUAUUAGGCAAGAGGGUUGGUGGUCGUAUGAAUUUUGCUAUCAGAAGACGUUACGGCAACUUCAUUUGGAAGAUGAAGUGGUUCAAGAAUUUAUCUUGGGUGUAUAUGAUGAAGAAGCCACAGCUUCUUUCAACCAGAAUCUUUCUGACAUCUCAACAUUGAAAGAUCCUCGCUCAAAAGAUGCAUCACAGAGGUAUCAUGCUCACCAAUAUACAAAUGGUACCAUAUGUGAUCUUACAAAUCAGCCACGAGAGACUGAGGUCAGAUUUGUGUGCUCAGAGCCCAGAGCUAUGAUCAGCUCAAUUACAGAGUUAUCAACUUGCAAGUAUGCAAUUACCAUACAGUGCCCUAUGCUGUGCAAGCACCCUUUAUUCCAAGAAGAGAGACCAAUCUGGCACACCAUUAACUGUAAUGCGCUUCCCAAGGACUACAAGGAAACCGGAAAAGAGAAAGACCAAUUCCAAGACAAGCCGAUCACUAUGAUAGCAGACUUGUGAUAUCAAUGGUAUCAAGCUCAGCAUAAUAUUUAGCGUAAAAAUGGUUGGAAAAACCUUCGGUAUUAUCGUACGGAUUGGCAUUUGUUGAAACAAACCUUUCUUAGUUUCUGUUUCAAGUUUGGCAAUUUUGUAAAAAUAAGGACACAAUCUUUUAAAACUUUCUUAAUUAAGGAUAUAAUAUUUUUUUCCUUACUAAUUAAGGUUACUGCCUUUUAAAAUUUUCUAAUUAAGCGGAUGUGGGUAAAUGUGCAUGAUUAUAUUAUUGAUUACAAUUUUUUGAAAGGUCGUAACUUGAAUUAACGUAAGGGAAAAAAGGUCAUAACUUUAAUUAGAGAGAUUUAGAAAAUUUGUAUCCUUAUUUAUAGAAAAUUUCUUCUAGUUUUUAAUAAAUUAACUCUGUUUGUUAAGGAUUUAUAAUCUGAGCUGUGCCAUACAUUUUACACAACAUGAAAAGAAAUCCUUUGGUUGAAA